AUCCCCAUGGCUCCACUCCGCUUGCUGCCGCGCCUCAUCGUGUUCUUUUUCAGCUUAGCAGCCUCCGAUUAGCAUGACAGGUGGGCCCUGAUUGGAUUUUGCACCCAACAGCCGUCGCGUCCAAAAUUGGGGACGCCUGCCGCGAUCACGAUCGACCACGUUUCGCUCACCGCACCCGACCACAGCUGCAGCUUCGCAAGCUCAUUCCAGAGAGAUCCUUUGGUUCACCGAACAACUCGCCGGCGACGAUGAGCUCCCGCGCCGCCGGAUCCGUCCUCCUGCGCCACCUGGGCCCGCGCGUCUUCGGCCCGGUCUCCUCUCCGGUGGCCGCGGCGCCGAGGCCCCUGCUCGCCCAGGCCGCCGCCGCCGUGUGGGUGCGGCUGCUGUCCACAUCGGCCGCAGAGGUGAAGGAGGAGGCGGCCGCGUCGAAGGGGAACGCCAGCAGCACCGCGGCCGCCAAGGCGGAGGCGGCGGAGGCCGCGAGGGAGGGGGACGGGAAGAAGAGCCCCGUGGUCAGCAGCUACUGGGGCAUUGAGCCGUCCAAGCUGGUGAGCAAGGACGGCGUCGAGUGGAGGUGGUCUUGCUUCAGGCCGUGGGAGUCGUACAAACCGGACACCUCGAUCGAUCUCACCAGGCACCACAAGCCCAAGGUGCUGCUCGACAAGAUCGCCUACUGGACCGUCAAAUCCCUGCGCUUUCCCACCGACAUAUUCUUCCAGAGGAGGUACGGCUGCCGCGCGAUGAUGCUGGAGACGGUGGCGGCGGUGCCGGGGAUGGUGGGCGGCAUGCUGCUGCACCUGCGCUCGCUCCGCCGCUUCGAGCACAGCGGCGGCUGGAUCCGGGCGCUGAUGGAGGAGGCCGAGAACGAGCGCAUGCACCUCAUGACCUUCAUGGAGGUGGCCAAGCCCAGGUGGUACGAGCGCGCGCUCGUCCUCGCCGUGCAGGGGGUCUUCUUCAACGCCUAUUUUCUCGGCUACCUCGUCUCCCCCAAGUUCGCGCACCGCGUCGUCGGCUACCUCGAGGAGGAGGCCAUCCACUCCUACACCGAGUUCCUCAAGGACAUCGAGGCCGGCAAGAUAGAGAACGUCCCCGCGCCGGCCAUCGCCAUCGACUACUGGCAGCUCCCGGCCGAUGCCAGGCUAAAGGACGUCGUUACCGUGGUGAGGGCCGACGAGGCGCACCACCGCGACGUCAACCACUUUGCUUCGGACGUCCAUUUCCAGGGGAUGGAGCUCAAGGAGGUGCCUGCGCCGCUUGGAUAUCAUUGAACAAACCGGUUUUUAAUCAGCUCAGUUCUUCAUUAUCCAUUUCAAAAAAUAAGAUGGAGGUAGCUAGUAAUACUUGACAAAUUAAUGGAGUCUCAUGGGUUGUUCUUAAAUCUUGUACGCUUGUGUUUGUGAGUAGAGAUCAGACCUUGAUACGUCCUUGACUAUUCAGCUUACUGAAUCUUCUCAAUACCAUCAGCUUCAAAAGCAACCUGCUUGGUUUGUUUUCCCA